GCUCCCUACACAAAUAAGAGCGCCCUACAGAGAUUUGUUUUUAGCCUAGCAGGGACACACGAGUGAAAUUGUAACCGAGUAAAAAAUAACUUCAAGCUUUUUUGGUUUUCUUAAAACAUUCUCGCAAACGCCCUGCAUCUCUCCAUCGUUCUGGAGUAAACCUGCUACCAUGCCGGGACACCGUGAUCGGGAGAAGAAGGAGAGCACAGCAGAGGAGAUGGAGGUGGAAGAGCACGAGCAAGACGCGUCCAGCUCAGAGGAGGAAGAUUCUGACACCUCCUCUGUCUCUGAGGAUGGAGACAGCUCUGAAAUGGAUGAGGAGGACUGUGAGCGGAGGAGGAUGGAGUGUCUCGAUGAAAUGUCCAACCUGGAGAAACAGUUCACAGAUCUCAAAGACCAGCUGUAUCGUGAGCGUCUUAGUCAGGUGAACAGCAAGCUGGCAGAGGUGGAGGCUGGGCGGGCAGCAGAAUAUCUGGAGCCUCUGGCUGUACUGCUAGAGAACAUGCAGGUCCGCACAAAAGUGGCAGGUAUCUACAGAGAGUUGUGUCUGGAGUCUGUGAAGAACAAGUAUGAGUGUGAGAUCCAGGCAGCAUGCCAGCACUGGGAGAGUGAGAAGCUGCUGCUGUUCGACACAGUACAGAGUGAACUGGAGGAGAAAAUCAGAAGACUGGAGGAAGACAGACAUAGCAUAGAUAUUACAUCAGAGUUAUGGAAUGAUGAGCUUUCAGGAAGGAAGAAGAGGAGAGACGCUUUAAGUCCAGAUAAGAAGAGGAGACGACCUUCAGUGGUGUCUGGCCCAUAUAUUGUUUACAUGCUACCUGACUUGGACAUCCUGGAGGACUGGACAGCUAUCAGAAAGGCUGUGGCUACUCUGGGUCCCCACAGAGGGAAGGCCGACUCUGACAGCCCUGUGUUCCCAUUCAGACCAGACAGGAGCAGACCCAUUCUUAACUGCUGAGGAACACACACACACACACACACACACACACACACACACACACACACACACUCAGUCACACA